GCCGAAAAUGAGAACGAUUUUUUUUGGGAACGUGAGAAGCGAUUGUGUGUGUUCUGUCACCAUGAAUUGUGCACCUAUGAGAGGACCUCGAUGGCGAGCGGAAGAUUCGCUUUGUCGCUUAUCCUGGCGCUCGUCGCUGCGUUUAUAUUUUCAGAAUAUAUGAUUUAUUACGCUGUUAUUUCGCAAUGCUCGUGGCCUGAUUCAGAUUCACAUUCAAAUGUUCGGGCGUUAUUCCUCUCUGACACACAUUUAUUAGGGGCCAUCAGAGGACACUGGCUGGACAAACUCAGAAGAGAGUGGCAGAUGGAAAGAGCAUUCCAGACUUCUCUGUGGCUUUUCAAACCAGAAGUUGUUUUUAUUUUGGGAGAUGUGUUUGAUGAGGGCAAGUGGAGCUCGACUGAGGACUGGGAAGAUGACGUCAAACGUUUCAAACAGAUCUUCCGCCAUCCCAGUGACACAGAGCUUGUUGUCCUUACCGGAAAUCAUGACAUUGGCUUUCAUCAUGAAAUGACACCGCAGAAGUUGGAGCGGUUUGAGCAAGUGUUUAAUGUGACGUCAGCCCGUAUCCUUACCAUUAGAGAAGUCAAUUUCUUGCUGGUGAACAGUGUUGCUUUGCAUGGUGAUCACUGCCUCAUCUGUCAGCGUGUGGAGAAUGAAUUGUACAAACUCUCGCAUGCUCUUAAUUGCUCCAUUCAGGGUUCACACCAUGAUGACCACUGCAAGAACACAGAGACUUUUGCCCCAACAGCACCAAUUCUGCUACAGCAUUACCCUCUAUAUAGAGUGAGUGAUGCCAUGUGUACAGGUGUAGAUGCAGCCCCUCUGAAUGAACGAUACCAGCUGUUUCAGGAACAGUAUGAUGUCAUUUCACAGGUUGCCUCCAAAAAGCUUCUAUGGUGGUUUAGACCCCGCCUCAUUCUGAGUGGCCACACCCACAGUGGCUGUGAGGUUUUGCAUGAGAACCACUACCCUGAGAUCAGCGUACCAUCCUUUAACUGGAGGAACCGCAACAACCCCAGCUUCAUCCUGGGCUCAUUCUCCAGGUCUGACUUUCACUUGUCGAAGUGUUUUCUUCCAGAGGAAAGAAGCAUUCUAACAAUUUACUGUGGCAGUGCUCUGACCAUUGCUCUGAUAACACUCAGCCAUCUUAAGAUUUUUAGAAGAGCGCUACAAUUCACAAACAGCAUUUUGAGAAAGCACAAAACUUUGUGAUAUGCAUUAAAGGCAGGAUAGGCAGGAAUUAUCUAAAAAACUUUUUUACAAAUUUGUUUAAACUGUCUUUAUAUACCAAUACAUAAUUAAAAUGUAAGUACUCUGAAAAAGAGAGUAUAAAACUCGAGUGUCUUUAGACCUCCCGCGACUGUUUUAAACACAGCUAAUUAUUUUCAUUCGGGACGAAACAAAUAAUUGGCUUGCGCGACUAUCACUCUCUCUUGCGACCAUGGCACCACCCCUGUUGCUAUGGGAUCUGCCCACACAUGUGCACACCCGAUUGAUUUGAACGUGCACGAGGCACUCUAGGAAGAGCAAAAGUACGGCAGAGAAAGAGCAUUCAGAACUCACAGUACCUGCAUAUGCAGUCAGCGAAGGCAAACAUGGCAAAAAAAGGAAUGAAUGAAAGAAACCAAACGAGAGUAAAUAUCGUGUGCAUUUCCGCGAGUCGACGAUGCGGUAGCGGUAUUGUCUCCGAAGUUUAUUCCUCAUCAGAGUCAACAAUGUUUUCAUCACGGAAACUCUUCCAUGCGAAACACCUUAUAUGUUAUGAAUUUUCCAUGAAAUUCACCUUCAUCACAGUGUAACUGAUGGUAAUAAAAAAAACUUGUAUCAAUGCAAUCUGUUUUUAGCUUUGUCUUAUAAAUAUAACUAGCUCGUUUGUUACUGAAUCAAACAAAAUAUAUUUUAAACUUUACCAGUAUCGAUAUGCUAGCUUAAUAGUGAGGACUAAAAGCCAUCCUAUUUGUUUAUAUUCAUAGUGAUAAAAUUAGGUGUAUUAUUACAUGUGAUUGUGACAUGAUGUUACUACAUUCACCGUGGUCCUCUCUGCUCGUCUCAGGGAAAUGCUUCUCCCAGCAGAGCGGAUCGGCUUCGCGCGUUCAUGUGUUUUGGGGCGCGGCUUUAGAAGAAACCCAGAAGGGAGGGGGUAGAGUGAAUGGAAAAAUGAGCUGUGUCGUGAGAGAUCUACAGACACUCGAUUUUUAUACUCUCUUCUUCAGAGUACUUACAUUUUACUUAUGUAUUGGUAUAUAAAGCCAGUUUAAACAAAUUGGUAAAAAAGUUUUUUUUAGAUAAUUCCUGCCUACACUGCCUUUAAAAGACAAAAAGUCAUGAGCUCAGGGCCGGUUCUAAACAUUUGGAGGCCCUAGGCAAAAUUUAUGUUGAAGGCCCCUCGCACCCCUCAACUUUUCAGAAUGUGUUCAGUGUUUUUCUUACACUAUAAGAAAUCAUUUAAACACUAAAAUUUACUAUGUAAAAACAAAAUUUUUUGUCAAAUUUACUUUAAAACAUACCUUACCAAAAGCAUAACUGCUGUGCACCAAAAAGUGGCACUGUUAUAAUUUGAGAUAUUUCAGUGCAAGCUGUUUUCAGUUCAGAAGGUCAAACACGCAUGCCCUUUAUUACUCAAGUAAAUAAACAUAAAUGUAUUUUUUUUUCUAGCUGGGUAGCCUACUUUUAUUUUGAACUCCAGUUUGUGUGCCCUUUGACUUGGAAUACAAACUUUUUGAACUUGUCUAUUCUGAUAGUCAGCUCCCGAUACAAUGCCAUUGUGUAUGCUCUUUUUAAAGUGUCUGACAAUGUCAAUUUGUCAACAACAAUGCUGAUCCACAGAACAAAGCCCAAUUAUUUUUACAAUGCAUUACAGUCACUUCAAAAUACGUGCAUCACAUGCUGCACGUCUCUUUGCUUGCCUGUUUAGCAUUUCGCUUAGCAGGAAACUUGUAGAGUGGGACUUGUUUUGUGACAUUGAUUGGUUUCACUACAGGCGAGUGACAUUUUAUCAGUUAGUGGACUUUGCCUAGCCUAUUGCUGUCUUAAGGGUUAUAGAGCCAGCCUAAGACCCUAGGCAAUUGCCUUCUCUGCCUAUAGGUAGCGCCGGCCCUGCAUGAGCUCAUGUAUACACAAACACAUUUUAAGCUUUAAGGUCUCUCCCCAUUGCCAGCGAGGCAAAAAAAAAUAAAAUGGAAUGAAUAGCAAAAAACUGUCUCUUCAUACCAAAGAUUAAAAAAAUUGUUCGUCUUCAGGGGCCUCAUUUAUAAAGCGUGCACAGAUUUGAUCGUAAAGUGUGCGUACGCAAAAAUCCACGGCAAAGUCCUUUUUAUAUAAACUGUAUUUGACGUGGAAAAGUGCUUAGCACCACGUCAGGGUCUGAGCAGACGUACACACUUUUGCUUGUCUGAUUGCUGCAAGUUUUUGGAAAUAUAAACCAUUAUUGCUGCUUGAAAUUGGGUUUAAACAUUGGCAAGCGCUCUUUAAUAUGUUUAUGACAUUAAUUAGGCAUCGUUUAAAGUCAGAGAUGAGAAACUGCUCCGCUGCGCACAAGUUCAAGUUCAUUUGCGAUUUAUAGCUUUGAUAGGGGUACGCGCGUUUUCUGCACGUACGUUCGGUUUAUGAAUCACAAGUACGCAUUUUUGAUAAAUGUUCGUAAGAUCAAAUGUAGGAUGUUUUUUACGCAGGAUUUUAUAAAUGAGGCCCCAUGGGUUUUACAUCUGUGUGACUGGUGGCGCUAAUGGACAAUGAGUGUCACACAUGCACUCAAAGCACUAAAAACUCUUUAACCCAUCUCAAUCCUUGUUUAUUUGUAUAAUGAUAAUACAACGUUUUUAUAUAAAUUGUAAAUCCCUGUGUUUCAAGCGCUAGAACAUUCAGUAUCACCAUAGUCUUUUUAACAAAACAAUAACAAACUCAAACUUGUUUCAUCUUUGGUAUGAAGGGACAGUUUUAAGCCAUUUGUUUUGCCUUUUCACAUCGCUGACAAUGGGGAGAGACGUUUAACUGUUAGAUUAAAAUGCACAUCCAUAUUUGCCCUAUUUAAAAUGCUGAAUUUUGUUUUGAUGCCCUAAUAAAUGUAAAAUUUUAACUACAUAUAAACAUGUUUUUGCUGUUUUGACAUGAUUACCAUACAUUAAAAAUACAAACCCACAUAUGUAUUUUAAAGGUAAUUUAUUUGUAAAAUUACAUUUUUUCCCACAUUGUCAUUCUAAGCAAACACAAGUCUUUGAAUGUGCCUCUUUAUUAAAAUAAACAGUAAGAAAUUAACAACAAAAAUCCUUAAAGCCAAACUUUUAUCUUCAUUGUCACUAACUAAAUUGUAUUUUUAGUUUAAACAUGUAAAAGCUGCAGAGUAAA